UCGCACACUUUUAUCUAUCUCGCUAGCCGACUUCGCAAACCCCUCUCUCUCUCUCUCUCUCUCUCUCCUCUCCUCUCCGAGUCCUGCCUCUCUCUCUAUCUAUCUAUCCAAUACCUGGUUUUUUCAACCAGGUAAGGUAACCUAAUCCCUUGCGGAGGAGUUGAUUUGAACUCGAGCGGAGAGGUGAAUUUUUGCUGCGGGGUCAAUAUGAACGGCGGGGAUUUGAACCAGAGCCAGAACAACAACCAGCAGCAGCAGCAGCAGCAACAGCAGCAGAUGCAGCAGCACCAGCAGUGGAUGGCGAUGCAGCAGUACCAGCAGUGGAUGGCGAUGCAGUAUCCGGCUAUGGCGAUGCAGCAGCACAUGAUGUACAAUCAACAUUACGUCCCGUACUACCAGCCGCAGCAGCAGCCGCAGCCGCAGCUGACGCAGGGGCAGAAGCACGGCAAUCAGAUUCAGAACGGCGCCGAGGAUAAUAAAACGAUCUGGAUUGGAGAUCUCCAGCCGUGGAUGGAUGAAGGUUAUAUCCAGUCGUGCUUUUCUCAAUCUGGAGAGGUUGUCUCAGCCAAGAUAAUCCGCAAUAAGCAGACAGGUCACUCUGAGAGAUAUGGAUUCAUUGAGUUCAAUUCUCAUGAAGCAGCAGAGAAAGUUCUGCAGAGUCUCAAUGGGACCACCAUGCCGAAUACCGAGCAACCAUUUCGCUUAAACUGGGCAGCCUUUAGCACUGGUGAUAGGCGACCUAAUACUGGUGGUAAUGGUGGUGAUGUUGGUUCUGAUCUGUCAAUAUUCGUCGGAGAUUUGGCUUCUGAUGUUACUGAUGCAAUGUUGACCGACACGUUUGCUAGUAGAUAUCCAUCGGUAAAAGGCGCUAAAGUUGUGGUUGAUGCAAAUAGUGGCCGUUCAAAAGGUUAUGGAUUUGUCAGGUUUGGAGAUGAAAAUGAAAAGACCAGAGCCAUGAAUGAAAUGAAUGGUGUUUAUGUUUCUAGCAGACCUAUGCGAAUUGGUGUUGCAACCCCUAAAAAGACUUCACCACAACAACAACAACAACAAUAUUCUUCCCAAGCUGUCGUAUUGUCUGGUGGUGGUGGUGGAUAUGCAAAUGGUGUUGUCCCUCAAGGUCAGCCUGAGAACGACUCAUCUAACACAACAAUAUUUGUGGGAGGACUUGACUCUGAUGUAACUGAUGAGGAGCUGAGACAAUCUUUUACUCCAUUUGGGGAGGUUCUCUCUGUGAAAAUACCAGCUGGAAAGGGAUGUGGAUUUGUUCAAUAUGCAAACAGGAGCAAUGCAGAGGAAGCUAUUAUGAGACUAAAUGGGACGGCUAUUGGCAAGCAGACAGUUCGUCUUUCAUGGGGUCGAACUAUGAGUAACAAGCAGUCGAGGAUGGAUGCUAAUGGUCAGUGGAAUGGGGCUUAUUACAGGAGGCAAGGUUACAACGGCUACGGAUAUGCUGCAGCCAGCCCUUCAUACGGACCUCCUUCAAAUGGCCACGGAAAUCUCCAACAGCCAGUCAGCUAAAACCAGCUCUGCUGUGUACCUUAGAGCUCUUAUUUAUGAGGGAAAAAUGUAUCCAAACCCAGAUGAUGUAUGGGAAAAAAGAAUUUUGUAGCUGGAUUAUAUACCGCGUGAGACUUGCCUACUUUUUUUUUUAACUUAAGAUUGAGAUUUUUACUUAUAA